AUGCCAAAGAUCAAUGGGAUUGAUGAGGCUGGCAAAGCAUUUCCGGACGCAUUCGAGCAUUCCAAAGCGUAUCGUUCGCCGAAUAUGUCUGCUGGUAAGGUGCAAAAUUUCGAGGUGGUGUUAGGGAAUAUUUCUGCAUCAGAUCUGAUCUCAGAUCUCUUCAUGAAGUCGUCGUGGACUACUGUAUCUCUCAACGCGCCGACGGAACGGAAUGAACAGCUCGAGUCGGUGUAUAACUUGCCGGAUGUGCAAAUCCAAGCACCGGUCACGUCUACACGACCCACUAAUAGCAUCACUGUCACAUUUGAAUACGGCACGGCACAUUGA